CCGAAUAAUAAUGAUCUCUCCAAUGUCCUCCGUAGAUACUGUAGUACCAAGUUCCCAUCCUUAUCAGCGGCGAUAAGAUACGCCGCCCACCCGAAAAGGGAAACCCAAAAAAAGUUUCAACUCCAUCUAACCAACACCGAUACCCCAUCUACCACAACAAUCCACAUAUACAACCACCACAAUGCCUCACAAACACAAGCGCCGUGAGAAGGAUGCCAACACCUACGACCUCCCCCCCACCGUAAUCGCCAAACCCCUUCCCGUCCGCGAUCCCUCCAAACCCACCAAAGGCAAAGGCAAAGGAGGCAAAGGAGGCAAGGGCGGCAAACCACAAACACCAGCCAAACCCACAAAUAAAGCCAUCGGGGAACGCAAGGUCAAAUCUAAAUCCACCUCAGAAUGGGCCGACGACACUCCGCGCGCAUUCCGCCACCUACUACAACUUCAGCAGAAGCAACAAAACGGCGCACAGCAGAAGAAGCGUAAACGUAACGGGAUUAACGAUUCCGAUUCAUCAGACUCCGACGAAGAUGUUCCUCAAACAAACAACAAGAACAACAACAACAACAACAACAACAACAAGAAGAAGAAGAAGAUGGCCGCUACAACCACUACCACCACCACACCCACCACUACAGAAAGCUCGCAAGCCGACGAGAAGACAGUAAAACCGCAAAUUCUGCCUGGAGAAAAACUCUCCGACUUCGCGGCACGCGUCGAUCGCGAAAUGCCCCUCUCCAACAUGUCGCGCAGCACGAAACCCUCCGCGACAGAUGUGCCCAAGAUCCGCGAAACGCGGGUGACGAAGCAUGAGAAGCAUCUGCUACGACUGCAAUCGCAAUGGCGGAAGGAAGAAUUGGAGAUAUUAGAGAAGGAGGCGGCGGAGCGGGAAGAGCGCGAAGAGGAGAUGGAGGAGCAGUUGCGGCUGUGGAAGGAGUGGGAGGCGGAGGGAGGUAAGAGGAAGGCGAAGAAGAAGGGGGUUCAGAAACAGCAGCAGGCGAAGGUGGAGGCGGAUCCGUGGGCAAAGUUGAAGAAGGAACGGAUGAAUAAACAGAUUAGUCCGUUGGAUGUGGUGCAGGCGCCGCCACAGUUGACGAAGCCGAGAGAGGUGUUUAAGGUACGGGGAGGCGCCAAGGUGGAUGUUGCAAAUGUUCCUGCUGCUGGUGGAGCGACGAGUUUGAGGCGCAGAGAGGAGUUGGCGAAUGAGCGGAGGAACAUUGUUGAGGAGUAUCGGAGGUUGAUGGCUGAGAAGAGGAGGGGAUAAUCUCCGUUUGUCUAUUUGUCUAUGAGAGGUUGCAUUGAGGUAUAGAUGGAGGAUGCAUUGUUGUAGAUAAAAACUACCAAUACCCCUAGAAGAAGAUUUUGAAACACGUCUGAA